AGACGACAUCGACAACCUCGCCGACGAAACAGACGUCCCGACUCUCACGAGCGCGACGUCGGAGCGAGUUUUUCGCCCCCGAGGUCGAAAAUGGCCGCGUUGAUACCGAGGACUCAGCUGCGAGCAGCAACAAAACAAGGUUUGUGUGCCGCCAGUCAGGCAGUGCAGGUCUGCAACUACUCGCAGAAGCCUAGGAUCAUCAAAAACCCGACUACUGCCAGUCUCAGGAAAGGCACUGGUGGUCGCAGCUCUUUCAAUGGCAUUGUCUGCACUGUCUUUGGCAACUCUGGAUUCAUGGGCAGAUAUGUCUGCAAUCGGCUGGGCAAAAUUGGAACCCAGUUGAUCCUUCCUUACCGAGGAGAUUUCUAUCAAGUUGCACCUUUGAAGUUGUGCGGUGAUCUUGGACAAGUUCUAUUUCAUCCAUUCGACCUGCGAGAUGAAGAAUCCAUUCUCAAGUGCAUCAAGUACUCCAAUGUUGUCAUAAACCUCAUAGGCUGUGACUGGGAAACCAAGAACUUUACUUACGACGACUGUCAUGUCCAAGGUGCAGCUAGGCUAGCUAGGAUUUGCAAGCAGAAUGGAGUCGAAAGAUUCAUUCAUGUGUCUUGUCUAAAUGCCAGCCCCAAUCCUGAGCCAAUCUUACUGCCAGAGGGCUCCAAAUUUUUCAAAUCCAAGUGGGAGGGUGAAUCGGCUGUAAGACAAGAAUUCCCUGAUGCCACUAUCAUUCGACCAGCUGAUACUUAUGGAACUGAAGAUCGUUUCCUUGCGUAUUAUGCGCAUAGAUGGAGACAGCAUUUCAGAGGUAUACCGAUGUACAAGAAAGGUGAGCAUACUGAGAAGCAACCUGUAUGGGUAGGAGAUGUUGCUGCUGGUAUUGUUGCAGCUAUAAAAGAUCACCAGAGCGCUGGCAGGACUUACCAAUUUGUUGGGACAAAACGUUACAAACUUUCGGAUCUGAUGGACUGGUUCCAGGAAAUGUUGAGACGCGAAUCAACUAUUUACGGAUACCGUAGGUUGGAUCUGGAUAGGAUGCCACUAUUCAAACUAAAAGUCACCCUUACUGAGUUUCUCAGUCCUGCCUAUCCUAUAGGAUAUUUACAUUGGGAAGGUUUGGAAAAGGAACACACAAGUGACAGGAUCGUGAAAGGUGUACCCACGCUUGAGGAUCUUGGUAUCACACCAGUAGCAAUAGAUACACAACUUCCGUGGGAAAUCAAGCCUCAUCGCUACGACGGCUCCUACGAGGAUUCAGUUGGAGAGUACCCGGAAAUUAUUCCUCCGAAGCCCUUGGCUGAUAAGGCUCUGAAUUUCUAAAUUAGUUAUGAGUCAAAGUCAUAAAUACAUUCUAGAGAAAAACACGCGUCUAUUUAUUACGAGUGGCUUAGCAUCGAAUUCGGUAAAAAUCUUUAUUUCAAUUCCGUUGGUACGGAGUGCUAUAGAAGCAGUGAAUGUAUUGAAACGAUCCAUCUUUGUAAAUAAUAAAAAUCUGUUAUAUUAUAAAAAUCGCAAAAAUUUCAAGUGAAUAACUCGUGACUUCUAAAGUAACUUGAAUAACAACAAUUUUUUAAUUU